UCAAAUUGAGAAUUUUUCCCUUUCUCGAAAUUUGUCCUUCAUUUCCGUGGUUCUCGUCACUCGCCUCGCGCAAUGCCUCUCUCUCUCCGUCUCUCUCCUUCUCCGCUGGCCGUCGCCCGAUCUCAGGCUCCGGUCGACUCCGGUGCCGGACCUGUGAGACACCAUCGGAUACCGUUCUCCGGCGCCGGAACGAGUGGUUUCCACUCGAGCAGUGUCUUCGUCACCGGGAAGAGGGGUGGCUCCUCCUCUGCGGUGAGAUGUAGCGUGGAGACCGUGGAUGUCAGCGUCGGUGUGGUGACGGAGGUGAACAAGGACACUUUCUGGCCGAUCGUGAAAGCCGCCGGUGAAAAGAUCGUCGUCCUCGACAUGUACACUCAGUGGUGCGGUCCAUGCAAAGUGAUAGCACCCAAGUUCAAAGAGCUCUCAGCCAAGUACGAGGACGUUGUUUUCCUGAAGCUUGACUGCAACCAAGAAAACAGGCCAUUGGCGAAGGAGCUAGGCAUAAGGGUGGUUCCGACCUUCAAGAUUUUGAAGGACGGCAAGAUCGAAAAGGAAGUGACCGGGGCGAAAUAUGAAGACUUAGUCGCCGCCAUUGAAGCAGCAAGGUCGAGCUAAUUCUCCUCCCUCUUCUGUUUGUAUAAAGUAUCAGAAUCACCAGCCGUCCGGACAUGACUGUUUCCAUGUAUGUAUGUCAUGUUAUGUAUGUAUCUAUGUAUUGUUUCACCAAAUCCACGACGGGGGCCUAAGAAAACUUUUGCCCCUAUGUUGCUUCUGAUGAUCCCAUAUACACGUGUUGUGAAUGGUUUUGAUGAAAUGAGUGUUUUUCA